UACCUUAUGUACACUUUCUUCUGCUGUUUUAGAUCGCGUUAACCCUUUUCAUAAUACAACCACAACUUGCACAGACGAGCUUCUCCAACAGGCCCGUUCUCUGUUCACCCAUAAUUCAAUAAUGACAUAUUUUCAAUUUGCUAAUGGGUUAAACCCUGUGGUGGAUGGCUCUUGGAUGUUGGUUCCUGUUCGUCGAGUACUGGAUGCUGUUCAUAAAAGGGAAAUUUGUGAAGAUGAUGUUGAAAUAGUUCGUCUUGCUUUACUGUGGACCGUAUUACUGCAUGAUGAAAGGCCUACGGUGUUUUCGUUUGCUAAUACAAACGAUAUUUACGUUCGACUAGGGGAAGUAUUGAUUAUCGGUCCGAAUAUCUUAGCUGACGACAUAAUCGCGUCGUGCUACUCUCGUAUUCUUACUGAGUAUAUUCUUAAGGCUGCUGUAGACGGCAGGUUGUGUUUACGAAUGGGAAGCCGCAUUGCGGGAUUGGAUGCAUUCAUGCCAUUUUUCGAAGACUUACUAAUUCAUUUCGAACAAUAUUCUUUGGGCAAUGUUGGUUUCGCUAGAACAUUACUUAUUGGUGCUUAUCUGAAUGCGGCUAUAACUGACAGGUAUGUUAUUUUCUCACUGUGGUCUACCGAUGUAUCGAGUCAGUGCUGCUAUCCU